UUAGCAUGGCUUCGAACUCGGCAGUGAACAUCAACAUCCGGACUGUCACUCAGGAGGGUAUCGUGCAUUGUAAUCAUGGCGUGCCUGCUGCUCGACGCACGGCUACGACUGCUCAGAACUCUGGGAGAGUGUUCUGGUGCUGUAUGCGCCACAGUGACGAUGAGGACCGGUGCCGUUUCUUCAAAUGGGACGACCAACUCCCACCUCAUCAGAACGGCGCUGCCUCAUCUACAAACAACCAUGGACCCGCACCACUCCCUUCACAACAAACUCGACACUCUACAACUCAAGCUGCGCCACAUGUUUUCUCGCAACAAAUCGCAACUCCCCAACAAUCCCCUCGUUCAUCCAGCAAACGCCACUACCCACCCUCCCCCACACCCUCUCCCUCGCACUCCGCUCGUCAAGCUCCCUCAUCUCCUAUGCCUCCUCCAUCUCCACAGAAGACCCCACAUCGCAAGCCAACGAGCCGUCAGAGCCUUACACCCGCGCAACGCGAAACUAUGCUAGCCGCCAUCAAUGCUGCGCGUGCGCCUCCUGGCGAUGUAUCCGACGUCGCUCCUGCUGCCUCUGCUGCCAGUAGCACUACAACACAAUCGAAGGUUAAUGGGUCAGGAUUUCCGACCAAGAAUUCCACUCCAUCCCGACCUCAGAACACCGCUACCAAUAACAAUCGUAUCCCAGCACCCGACUUCUCACCCGCUACGAAGUCUCCUGCUGGUAUACGUACUCCCGCGCCACCAGCAUUCAGGCUCAAGCAGCUCGCUACCGGGACUACUCCUACCGUUCGUACCACCGUCGCGCCGAAUCCGGCAUCAGCAGCACGUAGGAAAGCCAUCGAAGACGCGAUGCGAAAUGGCCCACCGUCCUCAAAUGUCAGUCCCAGCGCUGCGACUGGGAGUACCAGUCGUAUUAGCACAUCUCCGUCGAAAGUAGAUGGUGGGGUGCAGACGGAGAGGGAUCCGAUGUAUUACGAUGAUGACGAUGAGGAAAUGAGACCUAUGCCCGGACGGUUGGACUUUGAUCCCCAGCCCAGAGGUGCUGCUGAUCCUUCGAACGGUAGAGGUGGAGGAACGGGUGUUGGCGAAGAGGUAGAGAUGACCGAAGAAGAUCGGUUCUUCUCUUCGCCGACCGUCACGCAGGGUCAGGUGAUGACGCCCCCAAGCAGUACGCUGAAGCCACGACUUGGACGGGAGAUGGUUGAUGAGGACCAGGACGAAGAAGAGGAAGAGGAAGGUGGCGAUGACGUGAAGAUGGAGGUAGGCACCGGGAUGGAGAUGGACGAAGACGAGGAUGAGGACCAGAAGCCGAUGAUGGGCAUGGACGCGAAUAUGCACAAUGGGAAAGGUAAGGAGCGGGAGAGACAGAGACAGAGUGAGAGUAUGGUGCGCGAAGCUCUUGAAGGCUUUAACUGGGAUGAGUUCGAGGCUUCGACUUCCAGUGUAAACUCUUACCGCCCCCAAACAUCCCCCAGAGCUACCUCCGCCUCCGCGCCAUCCUUUCCGUCCCAGCAAUCUCAGUUCUCCCACCAAUCCUACUCACGCCGUACCUCUCGCAACACUCCCAUGAACCCGAACAGCGUCGAAGUGAAGAACAUGAUCGACGCACUCGAAGCCAUUCCACAAGCUAUGCAGAACCUCGAGCGUCAAAAAGCAGAACUGGAAAAAACAGGAGAGGCGCAACAGAGGCGGAUUGAGUAUCUGGAGGCUGAGGUCGAUAGGAUCCUGACUGGCGACAGCUCGUCUCUCCUCGUCCUCCGACAUCCCCCAACUUCGCACUCAGUCUACCGACCAAUGUCUGCAACAGAAAUUACUCCUCUGUCCCCCUCAAAGGGUCCAGUACAUAUCACUGUUCUUCGAGCUCAUCAACUUCCUCAUGACAAAACGAGUCGCAAAUAUUUCGCUACUAUCAAAGUCGACGGCGUAUCAAGAAGCACCCAGGACAGAACUGAGACAGAAGGGUGGGAUGAGCGGUUCUCGUUCGAUGCAUCAGAGUGGUCGAGGCUGAGCGUUUGUGUUUACAAACGCCGGGUCUUCCAGUCAGAUAAAUUAAUCGGGAGUUUUGAGGAGGAAGCGUUUGAAAGUCUCUUAACAGACUCGUUCGCGAAAGAAAUCACCCGACCGUUGCAGUCAGACCAGUCAUCAAAUCAGGCCACGCCAGCUGGUCAUAUUACACUGAGGGUUGGCCUGGAAGAUGACAAGACGGCUGCGAUGGCUGCGGUGGUACAACGAGCGAAAAUCCGAACCUCCUGCCUUCAGCGCUCCCGAGCAGUCGGGAACAGCUACCUACUCGAUGACGUACAGUCCGUUGAUGACAUAUCACUCGAUACGAUAGAACAAACAUGGGGCCCUCUGCUAAGCAAGUUGGCGGUUUUUUCGAGCAUAGCGGACUCGGUCGCAGAGAUCCAUCCAUAUGCCCAGGCCACGUACAGUGUCAUCUCGGUCGCGUACAAGCUCGUUGUAACACAAAUGCAGCGAGACAUCAACAUUCUACUUCUCGUCGAUGCCAUGAAUGAUGUGUAUGACUUCGUCAAGGAAGCCGAACCACUUCGCAGAAUCAAAUCUCACAAAAAAAUAAUAAUUCUGCUGGCGCAACAGACAAUAGAAUGUGGUUAUUUUAUAUCCGCGUAUUGCAAUGACGAUUUCUUCACUCGUACCUUGAAGCAUGCCGUGGCUCCCACAGAUACAGCCAUCGUCAGGUACGGAAACAAGUUCUCCGAGCUCAAGGCUGCUCUUCUGGCCCAUGCCACGAUCAAUACCGAGAUCGCUGUUUUGCGUGUUUUAGGUAUCGUCGAACGAAUCGAGAUCAAGUUGGAUCUUCUGGACCUUCCGUACGCUCGGGGCGCUCGAUUCCAUGGAGGACAAAGAUUCCUUCCCGGGACUCGUCAAGCUCUACUUUCCAAACUCAAGGAAUGGGUUGACGACCCAGACCCAAAGGCGCGCCGCGUUUUAAUUCUGGUUGGCGAUAAAGAAACAGGAAAGUCUGCUAUUGCGCACAGCAUCUCUCACCACUAUCAUGAACUUUGCCGCCUGGGCUCCUCAAUCUUCGUAUCUCCUGCGGAAGAGGCCGCUGAAACACGCAUGCCCCUGAGAUUCUUCCCUACCAUUGCCCAGGAUUUGGCCGCUCUCGAUUCACAGUAUCGCCACAGACUGUGGGAUGCGAUAAAAGCCGACAGGUCGCUCAGAAAUGUCCUCAACUACACUGACCAACUACAGAGUUUCAUUCUCGCUCCACUUGCUGAUUUAGUUUGGGCAGGUCCUAUUGUUCUGGUCCUCGACGGAUUAGAGAGCUGUCGAAACCUCGAUAGCCUGGGACAGUUCUUGACAGUUUUAUCCAAGAGGGUCAAUGACUUACCUUCCAACUUUCGCAUCCUCCUGACUGCAUGCCCAGACACACAGGUCUUGCAUCACUUCACAAGCCACCCAAAUGCCCAGAUAGAGCAGUUGAAUGGACCCAACGAUUCUUCGGUAUAUAGUGAUCUCUUUGAAUAUGCGAAAUCGCGUCUCAGUAUCGGCCGCCAUGCGGGCUCCCUCGAACCCCGCAUGGUCGACUGUCUCGAUCUAGUCCAGAGCUCUCGAAAGUUGUUCCUGUGGAUGUCAUUGAUAUGCGAUAGGAUUUGUGGUGAACACUCGGAUGCCAAACUCCCUGAGCGCAUUCGAACUGCCAUGCUGAGCUGUCCUCCUGAAUGUUCGUUAGCGGAGUUGACACCACCCAAAGACUAUAUUUUUCACCAUGCUCUCAGCCGCCUCUUUGACCCUCGAGAUUCAACUGCAAUGGGGCAGUUUAGAGGCAUCAUGGGAAAUCUUCUCGCCUCAUACCGCCCGCUCUCGCUUUCCGACCUUGUAGAGAUGAGAGAUCGGGCCUCCUCCUCUGAAGAGGACAUCGUCGCGGUGGUUGCUAAGAUGGAUUCCUUCCUAACGAACGUCACAGAUCGCUGUGCUCCUCUGCUCCCCUUCCGUCUCUCUUUCUUUGAGUUCCUCCGUGACCCCCAGCGAAGCCAACACUUCUUCGUUGAUGUAGCAGACUAUCAUCAUCAUAUACUCGCCAUGAGAUGCAUCCGUGUUCUGAGCGAACAGCUUCAAUUCAACCUAUGUCACCUUGCAUCCUCAUAUCUACGGAACGACGAGGUCAUCGACCUUCCUGACCGUCUCUAUCGUUUCAUCAGCCCAGAACUCUUAUACGCAUGUCAGUUUUGGAUGGAGCACUUAUGUGCAAUCGAGGGGACAAUGCCAGAAGCUCUAGUCGCAGAAGUCGAACUACUGUUACGAACGCGCCUCUUCUUCUGGCUCGAGGUCCUCAGCUUGAUUGAGGCCGUGGAUAUAGCGAUAAGUGGACUCACCAAAAUCGUCGGCUGGAGUCGUGCAGCCGUCGAAGCGAUCUCUUUUGUUCAGGCAUUUGAGGCCGCAAUCAAAACAUCGGCACCACAUAUCUACAUCUCCGCCAUCAGAUUCUGGAAGAUAGAGCAGCGUGAACACUUCCAACCAUGUUUCAGAUUUCCUGAAAUCUCGAGGUCUCAUACCAAAGAAUGUUAUGUGUUCAAAAAGCACCGCGAGAUCAUACGCUCCAUCGCCUUCUCUCCGAGCAGUCGUCGCAUGCUUUCUGGUUCUCACGAUGGGGCAUUUCUUACUUGGGAUAUCUCGCAGCGCCCUUCCGUUUCGGCUUUGACCACCAGGAUGCAUAGUAUGGGAUGGGACCAAUGUGGCGUGUUCUCGGACAAUGGAACCAUCACCGUGCAUUCAGGAAACUACUUGCGAAAAUUGGACGCAAAGACCGGCGAAGUUCUGUCGGAAUCCAACUUGGUCACUGGAUAUGAUGGGUCUUACCAGGGGUUCGUUUCCGUCUUACGGCCGGACGGUGAACGCCUCGCUGUCUGUGCCCGAUCCGACCGCUUGUUGUCCGUUUACGACACCAAUUCAGGGACACUUAUCCUAGGUCCUCUGGAAGUACGUCUAAAACCGGCCGAGUAUGUGACGCGUUUGGAAUACUCGUCUCAAGGAUCGAUCUUAUCCAUUGGGGGGAAUGAAGGCAGCCUUUGUCUGUGGGACGCCGUCAGCGGAGAGGUGCUCUUAAUUAACGAUGUAUUCAACGACCGCGUCCACGAUAUAGUCUUCUCAACAGACGAGAAAUGGCUCAUUUCGGCAUCUCACUACCCGAGAUCCAUUCUACGAGUUUGGGAUAUUCGAACGGGCAGCAUCCUGCAUGGCAGCUUCGACGAGGAACGCAUACCGUCCCUCAAGAGAUUGUCCGCUAUCAACGUUACUCCGGAUAGGCGAUACGUCACUUUUGGAACUCGCACUAAGGGCUUGAGACUUGUAGAGGAUUUCUCACUCUACUUCAUUGAUCUUGAGACGGGCGAAUCCAUCACAAUCCCGCCGUUGGUUGGGCACAAGGGCCGCGUCACCUGUGUAACGUUCUCUCCAGAUGGAACCAUGGUUGCCUCUGGGUCAUCUGACAAGACCGUCAGGACGUGGAGGAUAGCGAUGCCUUUCGGUGAACGUUCACUAUGGGGAAAGGGGGACGAUUCAGGAUGGAUUCUUGGUCGGGACAACGAGUUGCUUGCAUGGGUACCGCCAGAGUUGAGGGAAGGGUUCAAUUGGUCACCGCAAAUACAGGGUGAGGCUCAUGGGACGUCGUGGACGAAGUGUAUGGUCGAGGAGUAG